AAAAGUUGAAAAGGAUAAAACAUUUGUCUUAUUAAUAGAAUGAAUUGUGAACCUUUGAUUUAGAAAGGAUAGGAGUCCCAAAAAUAGGUUUUGCACCUGAAAAAUGAAGUGCUACAUAGCUGGAUUUUCACCUAAAAAGACGUUGAGCUACUGGUUUUGAUUUGAGGAAGAGGGUGGUUGAUCAAAAACUAAUGUUGUUUUUGUUUUCACUUUUGAGAUUAUGCCACCCUGAAGACUCCCUCUUCAUGGUUGGUUAUUUCUCCCACACAACCACCAACACGAACCAACCAUGCAUAUCUUUUUCUCUGCAUGACACUUACCUUCAAACUUUACAUCCAUUCAUGUCUGUAUCUCAAUGCUUCCUCACUUCUUCGUGCUUCAGCUUUUCUGAUUUCAACAAUAUUACCACCUUAUCUAAACUCAUACAUAUAAUAUGAUUUAUGUAAACUUUUCUUCUCAAAGUAGACAGGUAGGUCUUCUUGAUAAUAACUACACCUAUUUCUUUUCUUACCGUAAGACAAAUAAACUUUCUCAAACAUGUCAUCAAAAUUAUAUCAGUUGUUAGAGGGAAGGUUUCUUAUUAUGUUAUCAGUUUAAUUACUCACUUUUUUCUUUUCUUUUCUUUGCUUUUCAGAAGGGUUUUAGCUUAUUCCAUUGAAUAUUCAACACAAUCAGCACCAAUAUUUUAAGUGAAAGAUUUUUGGUGUAGAUAUCAACAAACUUUAUUUACAUUGAUUAAUGUCGACCAAGGUGAAAGGCUUCCUUAAAGGAUUUAAAUACAUUUCCCAGAUAUUUGACGAGAAAGAAGAACAGUUUCAAAUUGGGUUACCAACUGAUGUAAAACAUGUGGCACAUAUUGGAUCAGAUGAUCCAUCAGCAAAUGCACCAAGCUGGAUGACAGAAUUCAAAGGAGGAACUAAAGAAACCUCAUCAGUGAUGAACCCUAAUCCAGAAGGUUUGAACAUAUCUCUCUAAUUAGUAUAUUUUACAUGUUUGUUGACACUUUCAUCUAAUAAUGAAAAUUUUCAUUCUCCACUCUCAAUAUUUAAAAAUAAAAAACAUAACUUUAAUGAAAACACUGUGAGCAUUCAAAAUCUAUAAGCUUUUCAUAAUUAUGUGCAGAAGAUAUAUUUACACAGAACAUGUGCAAGAAAGGGAGAGAAACAAAAACUAAAUACCUUUAUAAUGCUGUUUAGAUAAAAUUAAUUUUGACCUAAAAUCUUUCUGCAAUUUAUUCGUUCAAAUUCAG